CGCGCAGACAUGACGUCAUCGGCGGAGGGAUAGAUAGUUGUGAGAGAGCAGUGUGGGGCGGGCAGAGGACUACCAGUACUAUCCGCUGCGGACAGAAAGUGGAGGGCGAAAACUCUCGGAACGACAGUUUGCCGUAUGCCAAUGUGCAAAAAUAUACAGUUUCGGUAGAGGCCAAGGGAUCGAGAAUCAGUCGCAGAAGAUUCGAGCUUCGGUCAUCGGAAAGAGGAGUAAAGAUGUCGUCUCCAAGUCCGGGCAAAAGACGAAUGGACACCGACGUGGUGAAACUCAUCGAGAGUAAACAUGAAGUCACAAUCCUGAGUGGACUCAAUGAAUUUGUAGUGAAGUUUUAUGGACCACAAGGAACACCAUAUGAAGGGGGCGUAUGGAAGGUGCGAGUAGAUCUUCCAGACAAAUACCCCUUCAAAUCUCCCUCUAUAGGAUUUAUGAAUAAGAUUUUUCAUCCGAACAUCGAUGAAGCGUCAGGGACCGUGUGUUUAGAUGUGAUCAACCAGACAUGGACCGCUCUUUAUGGUACGUAUAUGUGGGGUUCGUGCAGUGGAUGGGAGUUUGUCAAUACAUCAAAUGCUCCGUUGGUCAUCUGUAAACUAUUCCAGCACGCUCUUUGUUCCGCGGCCCGUAUCAUGUAUCAUUCGAUGAGGGGCAUCAGUCGUGCCAGAAGAGUGGCCCGGUUACACCUGACACCCAUCCUGGCAGAAGUUAAUCAGGUGAACGAAGAGUGGACGGGUGAGGGGACGACUCAACCAGGGCUGACCGGUCAACAAAGAGCCCUUGGGAUAGAUUUCACUCUGGCUAUUCGGUUUGAAUAG